AUGUCGGCGCACGCCAUAGGUGAUGUCUCUCCAUUGCCAGCAGCUGAGUGGAUUCGAUGGAUUAAGGAUCAACAAUCAAUUGAUGAUACCCUUGAAGCGAUGACAGCGAUUUUCGAAAAGUCUUUCCAAGAUUUCCAAUACGCGGACGUUUGGCUUGAAUAUGUUCAAUGGGCGUGCGGUCAUGGGCCUGAUUUUGCAAAGAAAGUAUUCGAGCAAGCUGUUGAAGCUAUUGGUCUUCGAUUUGACAAGGGUGCACUUAUGUGGGAGGCAUAUUUAGAUUUGUUGGCUAUCCUCUUUGAAGCGGCUUCUGAUGAGCAUCGGGAUAAAGAGUUUAAACUUAUCUGCACUUUGUAUAAGCGGGCCCUUUCGGUGCCAAAUUGGAACGUUUGUCAGCUGCAUGAGCGUUGGAUUGAAUUUGCUGACAAGUACGAUGUUGAUGAAAUAAUCAUCAAAAAAGAGGUUGAGCAAGAGCACAACAAAACGGCUAAAAAGUUGGGAGAAUUUAAAACCUGGGAGAAAAAGCUAGAGGAAUCAGAGUUUUCCAUUGACGUAUUUUCGCAGUAUCUCGAAUUUGAGAAAGAGUCAUUCUUUGAACGGAUCGUGGAGAAACAUCCCGAUUGCGAAAAUCUUUGGUACAAUUAUGGACAGUGGGUCGAGGAUACGCUAAAAAGAGCGGCUGAUAUACGAUGUGUCUACGAGAGGGCUGUGCGUAAUUGCUACUAUUCAUGUGGUCUUUGGCAAAAGACUCUUUUGGCGAUUGAGAACGCAAAUGGAGCAACUGAAGAAAUUGGCAGACUAUGGUUGAAGGCCAAAGAGUGCAUAUCUUCGCCUGAUGAUGGUCGAGCUCUUUACACAACUUAUGUCUAUCUACUUCGGCGACGAGUAUUGCAAGAAGCUUGGGGCCAUAAUUGGGAUCCUCAGUUCACCUUCAGGAAGAAUUACACUUGGUUUGCUUUCACUCGACUGAAGGAUUAUAAAUUGGGCCAUCGUUUUUGGGAAGACAUUCUCGCUUCUGGGGGUGGUCGUUUUGCUGAUAAAUGGUUGGCGGCGAUUCGAGAUGAGAGGCAAUUUGGUAACGAUUUGACCACGGCCAGAAAGAUGUUUUAUCGAGCUUUGAACUCGGUCUCGGAUCACCCGCAUCAAAUCUUCGAAGCGAUAAUCCAAUUUGAACGAGAAGUGGGCACUUUGGAACAGUUGCAGACGGCGCUGGACAAGGUUAAUACUCAAGUUCUGCAAAGAGCAAGCCGACCACAAAAGAAGGAACGAGAGGAUAACAAAACUCAGAAGCAUAAUUCAAAUCGACCAAAUACG